AUGCAUGGCACGUCUCUCCGUUACCUGCAGCGCCGCAUCGAUGCGUUGAAGGGCCUUCAGACCAGACUGCUGUGGCCGCCGAUGUGGCAAUUUCGGGCCGGUGGUGAGACUUUUAAAGUAUCUCCACCGGCCCUGAAUUGCUGCCGUACUGGCCUACUGAGCCUACUGGUACGCGCGUUCACGCAUCCGAAAGCGUGCUGUGCUAUCUGGCCGGAUUCUUCGAUGAAGCUUGGCAAGGGCGAGCAUGUAGGGAAGGCAGCGAUGCAGCUGGCAGAGCGAAGCUUCCUCAAAAGACAGCAGCUUCUGUUAGCAGCCGAGCAGCUGAGUUCAACCUGCACGCCAGAAGGCCAGAAGCAUGCCUUGGCAGCAGCAAGAGUGCAGGAAGGCUAUUCGGCACCCAGAUGCUCGUGGCCUUUCAUCGCAGGAUUCUUUGAUGCUGAGGGUUGCAUUCAAGUGCACCCCUCAACAGGCGCAUUGCGCGUGAGCUUUUCACAGAACACAGUCACUGUUCUACGUUGGAUUGCCGACUUCCGGCAACAUGAUAUGGGUUCGACUCUGUCGCUUUGGCGACAUGGAGCAACAGGAGCCUCUCAACUGUGGGUAGAGUGUCAACAUGAUGUCCAUGUGCUGUUGAGGCGGUUGCUGGACAAUGGUUUGUUGACCAAGCGCUCGAGUGCCUUGCUUGCCUUGAGUCGUGGCGACACUUCGUGCUUAGACAUCCGGCACGGGCUUUCUCGACUUUCUGGGAACCAAUCCAAGUACCUCAGGUCGACACCAGCAGGCAUCAAGCGAGCUCAGAGGAUUAGUGCACUGCGGCAGUCAGCUUCGCGCUAUCUGUCAAGAGGACAGCUGGAGAAGUCCAGGGAGCUGUGUCUAGAGAUUGAAGCGUUAAAGAGGGAGCACGAGCUCUCCAACGCUUUUGACGCUUACCGAACUCUGCAAAGCGACAUUCGGGAAUUGCUGACGCAAGGGGCUGUUCUUGACGAUGCGAAGAUCUUG